AUGCGAAGUAUCCUCUUGUUUCUACUAAUCGGUGCUGACAUUUAUAAUGUUCACAUAAACAGUAUUCCGUUGAACGAAAAUAGACUUCCACAAUAUCCACCCUUCGCUGGACCACAGCCACCAUUCGGACCUCCUCCACUAUUCGCACCACCUCCACCAUUCGCAUCACCACCAUCAUUCGGACAACCGCCACAGCUCGCACCACCUCCACCAUUCGCACAACCUCCUCCAUUCGCACAACCUCCACCAUUCGGACAACCACCACAAUUCUUUCCACCGCCAUCAGGUGGGCAACAUCCACAAUUCGUUCCACCGCCAUCGAAUGGGCAACCUCCACACUCUGGGCCACCGCCAUCAGGUGGGCAACCUCCACAAAUCGUUCCACCGCCAUCGAAUGGGCAACCUCCACAAUAUGAACCAACUCCACCAUUCGCACAACCUCCACAAUAUGGACCACCUCCACCAUUCGGACAACCACCACAAUUCGUUCCACCGCCAUCGAAUGGGCAACCUCCACACUCUGGGCCACCGCCAUCAGGUAUUCCAUUGAACGAAAAUAGACUUCCACAAUAUCCACCCUUCGCUGGACCACAGCCACCAUUCGGACCUCCUCCACUAUUCGCACCACCUCCACCAUUCGCAUCACCACCAUCAUUCGGACAACCGCCACAGCUCGCACCACCUCCACCAUUCGCACAACCUCCUCCAUUCGCACAACCUCCACCAUUCGGAAAACCACCACAAUUCUUUCCACCGCCAUCAGGUGGUCAACCUCCACAAUUCGUUCCACCGCCAUCGAAUGGGCAACCUCCACACUCUGGGCCACCGCCAUCAGGUGGUCAACCUCCACAAUUCGUUCCACCGCCAUCGAAUGGGCAACCUCCACACUCUGGGCCACCGCCAUCAGGUGGUCACCCAUAUGAACCAACUCCACCAUUCGCACAACCUCCACAAUUCGUUCCACCGCCAUCGAAUGGGCAACCUCCACACUCUGGGCCACCGCCAUCAGGUGGUCAACCUCCACAAAUCGUUCCACCGCCAUCGAAUGGGCAACCUCCACAAUAUGAACCAACUCCACCAUUCGGACAACCACCACAAUUCGUUCCACCGCCAUCGAAUGGGCAACCUCCACACUCUGGGCCACCGCCAUCAGGUGGUCAACCUCCACAAAUCGUUCCACCGCCAUCGAAUGGGCAACCUCCACAAUAUGAACCAACUCCACCAUUCGGACAACCACCACAAUUCGUUCCACCGCCAUCGAAUGGGCAACCUCCACACUCUGGGCCACCGCCAUCAGGUGGUCAACCUCCACAAAUCGUUCCACCGCCAUCGAAUGGGCAACCUCCGCAAUAUGGACCACCUCCACCAUUCGGACAACCACCACAAUUCGUUCCACCGCCAUCGAAUGGGCAACCUCCACACUCUGGGCCACCGCCAUCAGGUGGUCAACCUCCACAAAUCGUUCCACCGCCAUCGAAUGGGCAACCUCCACAAUAUGAACCACCUCCACCAUUCGCACAACCUCCACAAUUCUCACCACCGCCAUCUGAUGGGCGAACUCCUCAGUUACCACCACCCCCUCCUCCAGGAUCCCCACAGGGAUCUGCACCGAUGUACCAACCACCUUCAGGUGGACAGUCCCCUCCACUCGGACUACCAAUGUCCGGCAAUGACGGAUCGAAACCCUCACCUCCAGCUGAAUCUGAACACCCAUCAGCGGAGAAAUAA